AUCAGCAGGUCAAAAAAGAUGGCGGCGGAGGAGAGCAGGUUGAAGCAACGGUACCACAAAAACAGCAUCUUCAGAGAAGGUGGCCAUGCAUUUAAAUCAGAAACAUCCCGACUGAGAUAUAAGGUGGAGGAGGAUGACCAGCAAGAUGAAGAGGAAGAAGAGGUGUUUGUUGCCCGACCGGUGCAGAUUGUGGAGGCGAAUGAAGAGGAGCACUCAUUUUCAUUGCAGGAGGCAGCACUGGAGCAACUGCUGCUGCAGAAGGAGGUGCAGGACCUCAACGUGGUCGUUGUCUCAGUGGCUGGAGCUUUUCGCAAGGGCAAAUCCUUUCUGCUGGACUUCAUGCUGCGCUACAUGUACAGAAAGUCUCCUGAUUCUUGGAUUGGUGGUGAGGAGGAACCUCUGACAGGCUUCACCUGGCGAGGCGGCUGUGAGAGAGAAACCACAGGUAUUCUGGCCUGGAGCGACGUGUUUGUGGUGGAGAAACCAGACGGGAACAAGGUUGCAGUUUUACUCGUGGACACGCAGGGAGCUUUUGACAGCCAGUCUACCAUCAAAGAUUGUGCCACGCUGUUUGCCCUGAGCACCAUGACCAGUUCUGUUCAGGUGUACAAUUUAUCCCAAAAUGUCCAGGAAGAUGACCUUCAACACCUCCAGCUCUUCACUGAAUAUGGACGACUUGCCAUGGAGGAAGUCUACGAGAAACCCUUCCAGACCCUGAUGUUCCUGAUUCGAGACUGGAGUUAUCCCUAUGAACAUCAGUACGGUUUGGAGGGGGGGCUAAGCUUCUUGGAGAAACGACUGCAGGUGAAACAGAACCAACACGAGGAGCUGCAGAACGUCCGGAAACACAUCCACUCCUGCUUCUCCAACAUCAGCUGCUUUUUGCUUCCACACCCCGGCCUUAGAGUGGCGACCAACCCUCACUUUGACGGUCGUCUCACAGAUAUCGAUGAGGAGUUUAAGAUGCAGCUGGUGAACUUGGUGCCAACGCUUCUCUCUCCUGACAACCUGGUGGAAAAAGAAAUUGGCGGUGUAAAAAUCACAUGCAGAGACUUGCUGCAUUACUUUAAAGCCUACAUGAAAAUCUACCAGGGGGAGGAGCUUCCUCACCCCAAGUCGAUGCUGCAGGCAACAGCCGAAGCAAAUAACCUAGCAGCUGUAGCCGGAGCCAAAGACAUGUACAACAAAAACAUGGAGCAGAUCUGCGGUGGAGACAAACCUUACAUUUCUCCAGCAGAACUGGAGCGCCGUCACACUGAACUACGGCAGUCAUCCGUGCGGCAUUUCCGCUCGGUUAAGAAGAUGGGCGGUGAGGACUUCUGCAAGCGCUACCAGGACCAGCUGGAGAUGGAGCUCGAUGAAGCUUAUGCAAACUUCAGCAAACACAAUGACGGCAAAAACAUCUUCUACGCAGCACGAACGCCCGCCACGCUGUUUGCCGUCAUGUUCAUCAUGUACAUUGUGUCAUUGGUCACUGGCUUUGUGGGCAUUUGUUCUGUGGCCAUGCUGUGCAAUCUGAUGAUGGGCGUGGCUCUAACAGCGCUCUGCGUCUGGGCUUACGUCAAGUACUCGGGAGAGUUUCGUGAAGUUGGCGGAGUCAUCGACAAGGUGGCUGAAAUCCUCUGGGAGCAGAGGACUCCUCGAAAGAUUUUCUCCAAACUCUUUGAGGUGGCUCGGAGUCGAGUUCCUUUGGGCAGCCUGAUCCCAGCACGGCGGCCUCGCCUUGCCUCCAACAACAACAUCAAGAAGAACAUCUAGCGUCACGCCAGCUGAGGCUCGUCACGUUUGUUCCUUCACGUUCUGCUUGGUUCUGAAACACGGACUUCUCACGU